AUGGAGAGGAUCCAGAGCAGCAACAGCAACAGCGUGAGGAACCAUUUCGUCCUGGUUCACGGCCUCUGCCACGGGGCGUGGUGCUGGUACAAGGUGAUCGUGGCGCUCGAGGCCGCGGGGCACCGCGUCACGGCAGUCGACCUCGCCGCGUCCGGCGCCCACCCAGCGCGCAUCGACGAGGUGCACUCGUUCGAAGAGUACUCUCGGCCGCUGCUCGACGUGGUGGCCGCAGCUCCCGAGGGUGGCAGCGAGAGGCUGAUCCUUGUCGGGCACAGCCACGGCGGCCUCAGCAUCGCGCUAACGAUGGAGAGGUUCCCCGGCAAGGUCGCCACGGCCGUGUUCGUGGCAGCCGCGAUGCCGUGCGUUGGCAAGCACAUGGGCGUCACAACCGAGGAGUUCAUGAGAAGAGCAUCAUCGGAAGGACUGCUCAUGGACUGCGAGAUGCUGGCAAUCAACAACAACCAGGGUGUAGGUGUUGCAAUCAUAGUGGGCCCAGACUUCUUAGCUCACAAGGGUUACCAGCAAAGUCCACCUGAGGAUUUGGCCCUGGCAAAAAUGUUGGUGAGGCCUGGAAACCAAUUCGUGGAUGAUCCAGUGAUGAAGGACGCAGGGCUGCUCACCGAACGCAACUAUGGGUCGGUGAAGAAGCUAUACGUGGUUGCCAAGGCAGAUGUUUCCAGCACUGAGGAGAUGCAACGCUGGAUGGUGGUUCUGAGCCCUGGAACGGAAGUCGAGGAGAUUGCAGGAGCUGACCACGCCAUCAUGAGCUCCAAGCCCAAGGAGCUAUGUGAUGUCCUGGUCAAGAUAGCCAACAACUUCAAUAUUUAG